GCGGUUUCUCAGAGCCCGCCUUCGUCGAAGAUGCGGCCGCUGCCUAUGAGUGGCUCGUGACGUAUGCGACCUCCGAGAAUUCGGUGGUGGAUCCCUCUCGGAUUUUCGUCUUCGGGCGCUCGCUGGGCGGCUGCGUCACGGUGCGACUGGUAGCUCAUCUUCUUGGCGCUUCGCCGCACCUACGCCAGCCACUAGGUUGCGCACAGUCGCCGACGCUGCCGCUGCCCGCAGGACUGAUCCUUGAGAACUCUCCCUCUUCGAUCUCGGCUGUGGUGCGGCACCUGCUGCCCCCACUGAGGUGGCUGCCUCCGAGCCUCCUCUCGUGGCCCCUGCUGUUGGAUGAAUGGCGGAGCAGGGACUGGCUCGACUGGAUCGGUGGAGGCUUGGCGGAGUUGCCGGAAAGGCCGAAGGCGCGCCUCGCCGUUUGCCUCCUCUCUGCGGCCAGCGAUCAGGUUGUGCCACCCUCCUGCAUGUCCGACCUCUGCCACACUGCGCAGAGCCACGGUGCUACUCUUAACACCUGGUUCCACAGUUUUGCCAGGGGCGAGCACAUGAACACGUACAUCCUCGCUGGCGAUGCCUAUUGGGAUCCUCUCAAUGACUUCGUCCACCGCCGAUUUGCGAGUACUGAGAAGGCAUAG